AUGAGAAUUAUAAAGAGCAGAAAACGGGGCAAAAAUAAGAAACCAACGCUAGUCUUAAAAAUUCAUGUCAUUCAAGCUGAAAAUAUUGAGGCUUUAAAGACCUUCAAUUGUAACCCCGUAUGCUUUGUUACUACCAACACAUUUUAUAGUCAGAAGACAAACAAGCUUAAGAAUUCAAAUACACACUGGAAUCAAACUUUGAAGAUCAAACUUCCUAGAAAUCCAACUUCAGAAUGGUUAAGAGUUAUAGUAUACGACGCCUUACCAACUGGAAACCAUCCCACCACCCCUAAUAGAUCAAGAACGAAUACUGCAAACACAUCUACAUUAUCACUAUCAAACCCAGGUCAAGUUUCUCACUCAUAUUCUUCGAGAAAUUUGAGUGUUACGUCCAAGGGUAAUCAAACUUCAACAUCCAUCAAUUCAGUGUCAUCCUCAGCUACAACCACUGCUUCACAUUCUGCUUCAUCUCUCUCGACAACAAGUUCUGGCUCAUUACAUAAAAACAGGACAAAUAGCUAUCUGUACCUGGGUGAAGCAAAAAUUUCUUUGCUGGAUCUGUUCAAGAGAAAGGACACCACAACGAGCUACAAAUUUUCGAUUGAAUCUCAACGGUACCAUCUGUACGAUAUGAAAAGAGGCAAAGAUCAAAACCCCUCGACCUCUGAUUAUUUAGUGGGUGAUAUUUUGCUUGGAUUUAAGCUAGAAUGUAACGUUAAGAAAACACCAACUUUUCAGGCCUUUAGUACUUGGCGAAAAGAUUUGAAUAGUUAUUUGGGUAGAAUAGAUAGAAACAAAGCCCGAAUGAGAUCUUCCAGUUCCUUGCCAUCUCCACUAGAAGAAAUGUUGAGCAGUGGCUCGGGUCUUAGUAGAAAUGAAAUGCAACGCGAGAAACCUUAUAGUGAUACUGAGCUAGCCCACGCAGAAGAAGAAGAAGAGAUUAAUGCCGAAGACGAAAUAGAUGAUGAGGGUUUCAUUGAGGAUAUAAAUAGCAGCGACAGUAUGUCUAUGGAAAGAACAUAUGAUAUAGACAAUGAUACUGUGUACGACUCUAUGUCGGAGGUUGUUUCGUUAAACGAUGAAGGAUUAGAUAUUCUGAAUGAUUUUCAAGAUACUGAUCAUACUAGUGUGCCACACGUAAACGUCCAGGAUAUCGAUGAAGAUACACAUAUCAGUUUAUCUUCAAUGAUAACAGCUUUAGAUGAAUAUGAUAUUGUAGAACCAGAAGAUGUUACAAGAUUGCCUGCCGUGUCGGAUAAUGAUAUAACAUCGAUAGAUGAUGAAGAAUCUGAAGAUCAACAGGAAAGUGAUGAAGAUUUCGAUAUAUAUAAUGAAAACGAGAAUGAGGAUUCUGAUUCUCAAUCAAACGAAUACAUUGGAAGUCGGCUUUUACAUCUUCAAAGAGGUAAACAUAAAAGAUCAUAUGCAAACUACCUAUACAGAAGAGCGAAAAGUAACUUUUUUAUUUCAAAGAAGGAACAUGCAAUGGGAGUCGUAUUUAUGCAUAUAGAGGCUAUUAAAAAUUUACCUGCGUUAAGAAAUCGAUUGUCUAAGACUAAUUAUGAAAUGGAUCCCUUUAUCAUUAUUUCGUUUGGUAGAAGAGUAUUCAAAACAUCGUGGAGAAAGCAUACUUUAAAUCCAGAAUUCAAUGAAUAUGCCACCUUCGAAGUUUUUCCGCACGAGACAAAUUUUGCCUUCAGUAUCAAAGUCGUUGAUAAAGACUCAUUCUCAUUUAAUGAUGACGUUGCAAAAAGUGAACUGGCAUGGUUUGAUAUGUUACAACAACAACAGCAUGAAAACGAGUGGAUACCUUAUGAAAUACCAUUAGAUCUCACUGUUGAACCAGCAUAUGCUCCUAAGCAACCAACCUUAUAUUCACACUUCAAAUACGUUUCAUAUUCGUCCUUGAAAAAUAGGUUUUGGAAAGAGGCUGUUAAUACAUCAGUUAAUUUAGAGAAACUUGAUAUCAUUCAAGUAAUGCUUUAUCUCGAACGUCUUGGUUCAUUCACGAUGACUGAUUCUUUUGAAAUUUUUGAACAUUUCAAUAAAUCAGCUUGGGCCGGCGAAAACAUUAGUCGAUCACAAUUGGUUGAAGGUUUGCAAUCAUGGAGAAAAUCUACAAAUUUUAAACGUAUUUGGACAUGUCCUAGGUGCUUGCGUUCGUGCAAACCAACUAGAAAUGCCAGACGCUCCAAACUGGUUUUAGAAAAUGAUUUGAUAACACAUUUUGCCAUCUGCACUUUUUCAAAAGAACACAAAACUUUAAAGCCAUCAUAUGUCUCAUCUGCGUUUGCCUCCAAGAGGUGGUUUUCGAAGGUUUUAAUAAAACUAACCUAUGGAAAAUAUGCUUUGGGAUCUAAUAAUGCAAACAUCUUAGUUCAAGACCGAGAUACAGGAAUAAUUAUAGAGGAGAAAAUAAGCGCGCAUGUAAAGUUGGGAAUGAGAAUUAUAUAUAAUGGUAAAAGUCCUGAGUCUAAAAAAUUUAGAUCCCUCUUGAAAACUUUGUCAGUCAGACAAGGAAAAAAAUUUGACAGCACCGCAUCUGCCAAACAAAUCGAACCUUUCAUAAAGUUUCAUUCAUUAGACCUUUCACAAUGCCGAGAUGAAGAUUUCAAAACAUUCAAUGAUUUUUUUUACAGAAAAUUAAAACCAGGAAGCCGGCUACCUGAAAGCACUAGUAAAGAAAUAUUAUUUUCACCAGCUGAUUCAAGAUGCACAGUGUUUUCAACUAUACAAGAGUCAAAGGAAAUAUGGAUAAAAGGUAGAAAAUUUUCUAUCAAGAAGUUAGCUAAUAACUAUAGCCCAGAAAUAUUUAACGACAGUGGGUGUAGUAUUGGUAUAUUUAGACUGGCACCGCAAGAUUAUCACCGGUUUCACUCACCAUGUAAUGGUAAAAUUGGAAAACCAAUAUAUGUUGAUGGUGAGUAUUACACUGUAAAUCCAAUGGCUGUUCGCAGUGAGUUAGAUGUCUUUGGUGAAAAUAUUAGAGUUAUUAUUCCUAUCGAUUCUCCUCAGUUUGGCAAAAUAUUGUAUAUACCUAUCGGUGCAAUGAUGGUUGGUUCGAUAUUAUUGAUGUGUAAAGAAAACGAUUUAGUCGAAAGUGGACAGGAACUGGGAUAUUUUAAGUUUGGCGGGUCUACUAUAGUUAUUGUUGUUCCACAUAACAACUUCAUGUUUGAUUCAGAUCUUGUGAAAAACUCCUCAGAGUGUAUUGAAACAUUGGUUAAAGUUGGAAUGAGUAUCGGACACACGUCUAAUGUUAGUGAGUUGAAAAGAGUGCGCAUCAAAGUAGAUGAUCCAAAAAAAAUUGAACAGAUCAAAAGAACAAUAAGCGUAAGCGAUGAAAACGCUAAAAGUGCAGGAAAUGCAACAUGGGAAUAUCAUACGUUGCGGGAAAUGAUGAAGAAGGGUUUUGCUGAGAUUUAA